CCGGCGGCACAACCGGCUGUGGCAAGCAGAAGGGAUGGAAGGGAUGGAGGAUCUCGCCGUGGGUAGCGUCCUGCUGACCGGCUGCGACGCAGGGCUGGGGCUGGGGCUGCUGAAGGGCUUCCUGGAGCAGCCCAGGCCACCCCAACACCUCUUCGCUGCUUGCCUGGACCCCCAGGGCAAGGUAAAUCCAUAACAGGGGCUGUCCUGCGUGGUGUGCUGGCAGCCCCCACGCUGGGGGCAUCACUGCGGGGGGCUUCGAAGCUGCCUCACUCUGCCAAGGGCAGAGAAGCAGCGACUCGGUCCCGUCGGGGCUUGUUGAAACCUGCCAGCUGUGGCACGUGGGGCCACCCAGAUCCCACCCCGGCAUGGCACAAGGCCACCCUUCCCCCGAGCCCCCCCGACAGCCUUCUUUCUCUGUGCAGGCUAUCAACGAGGUGGCUUUGGGCUGCCCCAACGUCACUGUCCUGGCUCUAGGUAGGUGCCAGGGUGGGAAGCAGACAAAGCCUCCUGGGAUUUAAUGACACCCGUGGGUGGCUGCGGGAAAUGCCACUCCAGCAGACGUGACAGACCCCAACAGCAUCAAAGGGGCAGUUCGGAAGGUGCAGGACAAGGUGGGAAAUGCUGGCCUCAACCUCCUGAUUAACACUGCUGGCACCACUCGCCGCAGCACGCUGGCCACUGAAACGGCGGAGAACAUGACCCUCGUCUACACCACCAAUACCAUCGGACCCCUGCAGACGAGCCAGGCGUUCCUGCCGCUGCUGAAGGAGGCGGCGGAGGCCGAAGGGCAGAGUGGGAUGAGCUGCAGCAGAGCCGCCAUUGUCAACAUCUCCAGCAUCCUGGGCUCCAUCGAGGCAGCAGAGGCCUGGGAGGAGAGGCAGGACGUCUGCUAUCGCUGCAGCAAGGCUGCUCUGAACAUGCUCACCAAGUGCCUGGCCCUGGAGUACGGAGGCAGCGGAAUCCUCUGCGUGUCUGUGGACCCUGGCUAUGUGACACCUCCUCUGGGACGUGGGACAAGACCUCACCUGGAGUACUGUGUCCAUUCUGGAAUCCUCAACAGAAGAAGGAGAUGGAGCUGUUGGAAGAGGUCCAGAGGAGGCUACAAAGAUGAUGGGAGGGCUGGAGCACCUCCCAUACAAGGACAGGCUGAGAGAGUUGGGGUUGUUCAGCCUGGAGAAGAGAAGGCUCUGGGGAGACCUUACAGCGACCUUCCAGUGCCUGAAGGGGCUACAGGAAAGCUGGAGAGGGGCUGUUCACAAAGGCUCGUGGGGACAGGACGAGUGGCAAUGGGGUCCGGCGACAGUGGAGGAGAGCGUGCGGGGCAUCCUGCGGCUGCUGGGACGGCUCUCGGCCAGCAGCAACGGCACCUUCUGGGACUGGAGAGGGCAGAGCCUGCCCUGCAGCUGGGGGUUCCACAGCAGGAGCAUCUCCCAAGGUCCAGCCUGUCCCUAGGGAAGUCUUUUGGGACCUCAGCAUCUCGCCCUGAGCUGACUCUCCCUGUCUCCAUCCCAUCUCUUGGUACAUCACAAGAUAUUCCAAACAGGCUCUGAUUCCCAGCGCAUUCUCAUGGCUGCUCCAAGCUGACAUUUUUUGAAGACAUCCUUAAAAAGAGGGACUAGGGAAAAAAAAACAAAAAAAAAAGAAGUUGCAGCAUCUCAAGUGGGUUCUUGGGAUGGAAAUAGAGCUUUGGCAAGCCUCGAGCCCGACCGUUUGCUGCAGGGAUGCUCUGGGAAGCCCGACCGGGGUCAUUGCACUGCGGCAGCUUCAGCUUUCCCACGAUGGAGGAGCGCAAGGGAUCGUUCCCACGCUUGGUAUGAGGGAGCAGGAGGUGG